UGAAGUCACUGCCCUUAUGGAUGUUUCCAGCACGUAUUCUGUUGCUGCAGACAACUUUAUGCCAACUGUUCAAUACAUCCAUGAAACACAAUGGAAAUACCACAACGUGGGCACUGAAUUACCCUCUAAACGCACUGGCUUCACUUUCCCAGGGCUUUCAUCCUUGGGUGAUCAGUUUGAAAUGCAGGUAAACCAGCAGCUAUGGUCCCUCAUCCCCAACAAUGACAUGAGAAGGCUCAUUUCUUAUGUGAUCUGAACUUUGAGAAUGGACUGCUCUGAGACCUACAUGAAGCUGGCCUGUGCCAAGUUCUUCUCCAGAACAGGCCUCCUGAUAAAGCUUCUCAGUGAGCACCCAAAAGUAAAGGUGUCCCAGGCAGAGGGGGAUACCGACCUAUGGAAAACCGAGAACUACAUCAGUGAGAGCACAGAAGCCCAGAGUGAACAGACAGGGCAGGAGUCACAUGAGCUCACAGAAGAAGUUCCAGAAUAUGGCUAUAAGAACAAACUCAUCUUGGCAAUAUCAGUAUCUGCGACUGCAGUAGUGGCGGUAUUGAUUAUAAUUUUCUGCCUUAUUGAGCUGCUAAGGACAACAAUUCAGAUUCAGAACCCACAAACUAAAAAUCACAGCUACUUUUCCACCUACCACUACUCAGUAGUCCUCUUCAGUCACAAGGGCUGAGAUGGGCUUUGCUCAUUUAUGGAAAAGUAUACACCCGGGAUUCUUAAAGGAACUCCAGUCCCAGGGGAUCUCUGGAAUUGAACCCAAGAUAACAAGCCAUUAGACUAUUUUGAAAAGUUGAGUUUAUAAAAGGUCUGAGUUGACAUGGUAGUAAAAUUUCUUCAACUCAAAAAACUGCACCUCAUCAGUCACUCUCAUUCCAUCACUGCUGUCUUUCCUUGUUGGGUGAAAUGAUGAGAUACAUCAUCUCCACCCUCCUGGAGCCAUCAGUCACCCUGGGAGGGCUGGAAGGACAUGGCUAAGAGAAGUGUGAUCUUGUCGAUUCAUUUAGGUUUACUUACCAUCUUUCUUCUCUGGUGUGUAAGACAUUGUGUAGAUAGUUGCCAUCAAAACACUGCAAGUAAAAUCCUGCAUCAGGCUACUCUAAA